AUGGCAACAAAACAAAAAGCCAUCCAACUGAAAAUUGAAAACACCAACGACAAGGAGGCAAAGGAAAAACUCAAAAGAGAACGUAGGAAAAUAUCGAGAACAAUCAAGAAGGAAAAUCUUAAAUACGUGAAAGCUUUAUUAAACUCUCGAAUAUCAGAAGUUGAAGACUUAAAGGAUGGUGCGCAAAUGUACGCAGCCAUCAGACUACUACGCCGACGACAACAGAAAACAAAACUGGUUGUGCACGAUGAACAUGGGAAAACAAUUGGAAACCCAAUCGAAAUGGUAAAUACAAUCGCCGACCACUUCGAAAUACUAUUCAAUGGCAGGGCCGAUGCUCUCGAUGAGGGUGAAGAACGUUAUCUAAACAACAAAAUAACACACCUUGAAGUUUUGAAGGCUAUAAAAAAAUUAAAAAACAACCGUGCGGCGGGUCCAGACAACAUCAACGGUGAAUUGAUAAAGUACUCCCCAAUGGAGAUCUCAACUAUAAUCACAAAUCUCCUGAACGAGAUGUUCCAUGGAAAUACCAUACCGCCUAUUGGGAAAGGAACGCUAAUUCCUCUCCAAAAACCCAACAAGCCGCAAGGUCCUCUUAACAACAUUCGCCCAAUCAUACUCUUGAACACAAUAAGGAAAAUCUUUCGCUCGUAA